AGGCUGCCGUGCCAUCCUCCUCCUCAUUUCCUCUCUCACCUCUCCGCGCGCCGCCUCUCGCCGCCGCGGACGAAACCCUAGCUAAAACCCUCCUCUCCCUCUCCCUCUCCCUCUCACCGAGCCGCGCGGCCUCGCCAAGGACCGGCAGCGAUGGGGAAGAGCAGCAGCAAGAAGAAGAAGGACAAGGUGAUCCUGCCCCCGCAGCUGCCGCCGGAGGUGGACGACGACGACGUGGUGGUCUCUGACGAGGACGUCGAGUUCUUCAGGGGCAACGAGGGCCACGCCCGCGCGCUCGCCACGCUCGACAGGAAGUCCAUCGACAGCUACGUCACCAGGGUCGCCCACCACGACGAGGACGAGGUCGAGCGCCUCUACGAGGAGCGCGAGCGCAGGAGGAAGGCGGUCGAGGCCCUCAGGCCCAAGAACCACGACGACGACGACUUCGAGGUCGACCGCGUCGACGCCCUCCCCGUCAAGACCCUGCAAGGGGAGCUGGUCUACAACAACGCCAAGAAAGCGAGAUUUGAUGACAGUUCUAAUAAUGUUGAAUCUAAAUCUGAAGACAAAGUAGGAAAUUCCAAACAAACUAUUCAAAAGGGAGAACGGAAGGAAAAAUCCAAAAGCAAAAAGGGAGAUGGUAAAUUGCAAAAUGUGCAAGCUCAAACUGAAGCUUCAAAUGGAAAAUUACAAUCAAAAGUGCUGGAGGAGGUGAAGGAGGAACUUUCAGCUGAGGAAUUAUUUGAGAAAAAGAAGGCCCAGCUGGCUGAAAUAGGGAUGUCUAUGCUUGAAGAUCCUGAAUCACAUAUUAGAUCUCUAAAUGAUAUGUUAAACAUAUGCAAUGACAAAGACCAGAAGGUUGUUAAACUUAGUCUGAUGUCCUUGCUUGCUGUGUUCAGGGACAUUAUUCCUAGUUACCGCAUUAGGCAGUUGACAGAAAAAGAGCUUACGGUAGAGGUUUCAAAAGAUGUAAAAAAGAUGAGAUAUUAUGAAUACACACUUCUUCGCUCCUACAAGGCAUACCUGCAAAAGUUAAUCUCCUUGGAGAAGCAACCAAAUUUUUCCGCUCUGGCUGUUCGUUGCAUGUGUACUUUACUAGAUACUGCUCCACAUUUCAACUUCCGUGAAAGUAUACUUGCCAGCGUGGCAAGAAAUUUAAGUUCUCCAGAUGAUGCAGUGAGGAAAAUGUGUUGUGAAACGAUAAGGUCUCUAUUUGUAGAUGAAGGAAAGCAUCGUGGUGAGGCAACUGUUGAAGCUGUGAGAUUGAUUGCUGAUCAUGUGAAGCUAAACGAUUGCCAGCUUCAUCCUGAUAGCAUUGAGGUCUUCCUAUCUUUGAGAUUUGAUGAUGAUCUUGGAAAAGAUGACACAGAGGAAGAAAAGGGAAAACCAAAGAAGAACAAACGACGACAAAACCAGGAAGUCCCAAAGCAAUUGCCAGUGAGUGAUAAUAAGAAAGCCAAACAGGAAUUGAUCUCAAAGGCUAGAGAAGAGGUUGAUGCUGAACUUAGAUCUGUUUCCUUUACUCUUGAUCCAAAGGAAAGGAGAAGGAUACAGAAAGAAGCACUCUCUGCUCUUUUUGAGACUUACUUUCGGAUUUUGAAGCAUAGCAUGAGUAUUUCAAAUUCCAGGGGCAAGGUCAUUAAUGUCUCCCCAGAUGGCUCACACCCACUACUUGCUCCAUGUUUGGAGGGUUUAGGAAAAUUCUCACACUUAAUUGAUUUGGAUUUCAUGGGUGAACUUGUCGCGUGCCUCAAGAAGCUUUCUGGGUAUACCGACCAUCACUCUGGCACAGUACAUGACAAUACACUGUCUGUAUCAGAACGUCUGCAGUGCUGCAUAGUUGCAUUUAAAGUCUGGAGGAGCAACCUUGAAGCUCUGAAUGUAGACCUGCAAGACUUCUUUGUGCAGCUUUUUAACCUCAUUCUGGAGUAUCGGCCUGACAGAGAUCGUGGUGAGGUAUUAGCUGAUGCUCUGAAGACACUUCUCUGGGAAGGCAAACAGCAGGAUAUGAUAAGAGCAGCUGCUUUCAUUAAACGCCUAGCAACCUUUGCUUUGUCCUUUGGUUCUGCAGAAGCCAUGGCAGCAUUAAUCACACUGAAGCAUCUUCUUCAAAAGAAUAGCAAGUGCAGAAACAUGUUGGAAAAUGAUUCUGGUGGUGGCUCCCUGUCUUGCUUAGUUGCGAAAUAUGACCCAGAAGCUAAAGAUCCUUAUCUGAGUGGGGCACUUGCCUCAGUCCUAUGGGAGCUUAGCCUUCUGCAGAAGCAUUACGAUUCCUCUGUUUCCUCAAUGGCCUCAAAUAUCUUGAGCAUGGCCAAUUUGAAUCCUACACAGAAUCCUGUUCCAAUUUCAAAUGCAAGCCCUCUAGAAGCAUAUAGAGACUUGUCAAUGGAACGGAAAUUGUCUAAACCAGCGAAUAAAUUGUUGCCACUAAACUGCAGAAAGAAGAGGCGUGGUAAGGAGUUUGUUGCCCUAAGCCCUGCAGCGCUCGAGGGAUCAGAUUGCGUUGCGGGUGGAGAUGAACUCAAAGAGAAGUUAAAAAAUCAUUUUGCGGUACUAAGAGGUAUCUCAGAGAAUGAGAGAUUGAGAGCUGAGCUGAACCACACGUUGUCAUCCAUCAACUUGUACAAGGAAUACAAGAAGCAGAAGAAAAGCAGGAAAUCAAAGGCUGUUAAGAAAAAGGUUUCAAGGGCUUAAGUUGUGCUGCGUUUGGGGGAAAUUUUUGCACACCAGGGACCAAAGGUGUGCAGAAUGAACAAUUUUGCCAUACCCACUUUGUAGCUUAUCGUAGCUUUUGGGUGUAACACAUUUGCAGUUCCAAGCAUUUCUUUUUAAGCUCGUUCUAUUUCCUGACAUGUCCUUUUAUUCUUGUUGCCUGGACCUAACCAGGCUAACAAGUUUGCUGCCGCUGUACAAGAUAUAACAGUGGCAUGCUUGUGUUAUCUAUAUAUAUUGUUAUGCAUGAACAAUGCCAUCCCCUAUGCAAAACUACAGAUUGGUA